AUGAAGCACUAUUCCAAGAGUGACACUUCUUCCUCUUCAGCCUCCUCCACCUCCACCUCCGCCGCCGCCGCUGCCGCCAAUAUCCAUGCCUGGAGCUGGAACUCUCCGGUGCCUUACCUUUUUGGUUGCUUAGCAGCAAUAUUCGUGCUUAUUUUCGUGGCCUUGUUCGUCCUUGCCUGGGCACAUUGCAAGAAGUUGCACAGAUCAUCUUCAUCGUCAAGUGCCGGUGCCGGCGCCGGCGCCGAGGUUCAAGAAACCCCUGCCGCAACCGGAACGAUGAGUAUAGAAAAUGAUGAAGAAUCAAUAACAAUAAUGCAACCAAAGAUCUUGGUCAUCAUGGCUGGAAAUGACAAGCCUACUUGCAUAGCUACUCCAAUCUCCCUCAUUUCUAUUACCAAUUCAAUCAGUAGUACAUAG